UUUCUGCGUAAUCGUUGCCUUGGAUGCGGUCACAAAAUUGCCGCCGAUGAACUGGUGAUGAGGACACUCGAAAAUGUUUUCCAUUUGAAGUGCUUCGCCUGUGUGGUAUGCGGUGCCAUCCUCAAGAAGGGUGAGCAGUAUGUCGUGAAGCAGGGCCAAUUGUUUUGUCGCUUCGACUACGAAAAGGAAGUGGAAAUGCUGCAAGGAUACGAUUUCUAUGGCGAUGACUUGUUUGCCCCAAAGCUGGAUGGUCGACGCGGCCCCAAGAGGCCACGCACCAUACUCAAUACCCAACAACGAAGAGCCUUUAAGGCGUCCUUUGAAGUAUCGCCCAAACCCUGCCGUAAAGUGCGCGAGAAUCUGGCCAAGGAGACAGGCUUAAGUUUAAGGAUUGUGCAGGUAUGGUUUCAAAAUCAACGAGCCAAGGUAAAGAAGAUUCAGAAGAAGGCCAAAUUGGAUGGCAGCCAUGCCAAGGGCAACAGUGACUCUCCAGAUUCACAAGAGUCGGAUAAUAGCAAUAUGACCAAAAUCAAAGAUGAGGCACACAGCGACACAGAAUCGCUAAUGGAUGCUCCUUAUGGCACGGCAUCAUCCUCAGAGGCCAUGGCCAAGCUGAGGUCAUGCAUCAAGGAUGAGAACGAUGGCACACCCUUCAGUUGUAUAGAAACCAAUAAAGAAAAUUGCAAUAAAACCAACGAACCCAUCCUCAAUACAAUACUGGGUUUGAGCUAUUCCACAUUCCAACAAUUAAUGGGGCCUUUUACACAGACAUCUAUGAUUAAUCCCAUAGAUCGUUUGUACAGCAUGCAGAAUUCCUAUUUUCGUCCAGAUGAGCUGGGUUAUGGCGAGCCAAGUGCUGGUCCAUUGAGUGGUGGCGGUGGGGGUGGUGUCGGCAAUGGGCCGAACCCCAUGGCCAUGAGUAGUAGUCUAGGUCAAAAAGAUAUUAGUGAUUAA